UAUUUUGUAAAAAAAAAAACCGGCCAAGGGCGAGUCGGACUCGUGCACCGUACAGACCUGUAGGUAUAUAAGUAAAAGUUAAGCCAUCACGACAAUCGAGUCAUAUCAAUAUUUAAUAGUACAUUUCCGCACGUGUAUCUCCUCCUCUCUUCUUCCUCGCGUUGUCCCGGCAUUUUGCCAUGGCUCAUGCGAGCCUGGGGUCCGCUUGACAACUAAUCCCAAGAUGUGGCGUAGGCACUAGUUUUUACGAAAACGACUGCCAUCUGACCUUCCAACCCAGAGGAUAAACUAGGCCUUGUUGGGAUUAGUCCGGUUUUCUCACGAUGUUUUCCUUCACCGAAAAGCGACUGGUAAAUAUCAAAUGAUAUUUCGUACAUAAAUUCCGAAAAACUCAUUGGUACGAGCCGGGGUUUGAACCCGCGACCUCCGGAUUGCAAGUCGCACGCUCUUACCGCUAGGCCACCAGCGCUUCGCAUUUCCGCACGUGUAUCGAACGACGUUUUUUAAUACAGUUGCGAAAAAAUAAGAAAAACAACAAGUAUUUUUUUAUGCAUGUUCUAUAAGACAAAAACAAUUUGUAAAUAUAAAAUAUUAUACUAUUACAACCUAAGUAUCGUUAUUUACGAUUAUUUGUGUAUCGUAUAUUUAAAUUGUAUGAAAACAAUAUCGAAUGUUGCCUUUGGAAACUUAAAACAUUCUUGCACUAAGAAAAAACGCCUCUGCUUUGACAGGCGUUACGGCCGCUAUUCCGUUCCAUUCAGACAACUUAUUAAGAACGGUUUUUCAAUAAUCAAUAUUAAAAAAUAAAUGUGUUAUAAUGAUCGAUAAAUGUGUUAUAAUGAUCGAGAGGUAAGUAAUAAAAUAUGAAAUAUGCUCAUAUUUAUUAUUUUUACAUUAACAGUGGGUUUUUAUGUUGAUUACGACUUUUAAAGGAAACUAACAUUAACACUCAUCAAUAAGUAGUCAUGAAUUGGAACAAGUGGAAAAGUAAAAAGCACUAGUUCGCGAAAUCCAACUUUCCGCACGCUAAACAGCUACGUAAAGUAGCACUUUUUGAGCAACUGUAUUAAAAAAUAUUUUUAUUAUAUGAUGUAACAAAAAAUUUACGGGUUUCUCAAUUUUUCAUUUAUCUGAGCUAUUAACGUUGCUUCGUAACAAAUUUCAAGAUUCUGAGUUCACGAGAAGUACCCUGUAGGUUUUGAUUCCCUUGCGAGUGUUGAAAAUUUGCGGAAAUUUGCGGCAUACACGGCUGUAUCUUGAUUGCUUUUUUCACAGCUCUAAGGGACAGUAGACCUGAGUAUUUGAUAUAAAUUCCAGCUUGAUACUUCCACGCGUUCCUGAGAAAAAGGGUCUUGACAGACAGACAGACGGACGGACGUACAACAAAGUGAUCCUAUCAGGGUUCCGUUUUUUCCUUUCGAGGUACGGAACCCUAAUAAUAGCCAAGUACUGUGUUUAUUUAAUUCGUUAGUAUUAUUAUUAUCUCAUUUCUUCUAAGAGCUGCUAAGUCCUUUAAUCAGCUUUGUAAACAUCACGAUCACAUCGACCUGUUCUGUGAUAGCUUUAGUUCAAUUCGCAAACUAAUGAGCCAAGAUUUCUCCCACUGUUAACACUUAUGCAAUUCCAUCUUAUUUAUUUAUUUUUGUUCUUCUCGUUAAAUGUUUAACUCAGUCUCACUGUCAAGCAACAUAAUUAUAAGCAUAAUAGUUAUUAUUAAUUCUGCAAUUUCGCACGCCAUGUAUUUUAUGCAGUUUAUACCUGUGGAAACUUGUAAUUGGCUUACUGUUUUUAUUUCGAAACCUAUUUUGUUACAUUAGCUGUAAGUUUUCCCAAGAAAUAAAAUAAAAUAAAAUAAAAUAAAUAUUAUAUUGAACCAGGACCCUAUUAGAUUGAAAAUUGUAGUUGAAAUUUAUAGUUGCCAUAAAAAUAGUCACAAUUGGCUCGGAGCAUUAAAAAUAAAUAUAUAAUAAAACAUAUGGAGUGAAUAAAAGUAAAGGCGUGUAAAACCGAUCAUAUAAACUUACUAUAAUAAAACUAUGGAAGAAAAACAUGAAAACCAUACUUGUAAUUCUGUAUAUUAUUCGUACAAGUAGACCAUCAUGCACACACUUUAUACAACCACUUGACGCUUGCGUGCAAUCAGAAAUUUGUAACCAUACGUGGAUUCCUGUUUGCGGACAAAAUGAAAAGACUUCAAUACAACGAACGUUCGGUGACUUGUGUGACAUGUUAGAAUACAACUGUGAUUUUAAAACAGAAUACAGGAAAAUUAGCCGAGAACAGUGUGUAAACACAACUACUAUAUCAGCACGUAAAUCAAUAUUAAAACUCAAUGAUACCACUUCAGCUACAUAUAUUUAUGAUGAUGAUGAUUACCUUACUAAUCUCCCUGUAAAUGUUACAACGAUGUCAACAUUUUACUUAAGACCAACUGAGGAAUCAGCGGAUGCUACCACGGUCUUUAGUGCAAUCUCAGAAAACCAACUGAUAAACGUUCUCACACACGGGUUCCAAUAUAGACGUCAAAACACGGAUCCAUUAUCUCCUUUAUCUACAGAAAAUGUGUCAGAACUUAACAAUCACCUUAUUCAUAAUAAUCAAUCCGCUUUAUUGUCACCAGUUAGUGGAAUGUGUACCUGUGGUGCACCUAGUUCAAAAACUGAUACUACUAUGCCAAUGACUAUUAUCUCCACGACUACUUUGUCCACGGAGACACUUAAAGCAUGCACGUGUUCAACGCCUACUAAUACCACUAUAACGGCAAAGACUACAACAACUACAUCGACUACCACUACAGCUCCUAAUACUACAACGGCUUCUUCAUCUACCGAGGCCUCUAAAGCAUGCACGUGUUCAACGAAUGCGAUUACAUCUUCAACAACACCUAGUACCACUACACCUACUAUAUCGACAACUAUUAAAACUCCUAGUACAUCAACGACUAAUUUUUAUACUGAGGCAUCUAAUGUAACCGAUGGUAGGGCAUGCACGUGUUCAACAACUACUACUACAAAAACAAUGGAAACGACGCCAUCUACUACCGCUAAAAUUACAACUCCUAGUACAUCAACGACUAAUUUUUAUACUGAGGCAUCUAAUGUAACCGAUGGUAGGGCAUGCACGUGUUCAACAACUACUACUACAAAAACCAUGGAAACGACGCCAUCUACUACCGCUAAAAUUACAACACCUACUGCUAAUGUGUCUACUGAGUUCUCUAGUCCAACGACAAAUAAAACAAUUUCUGAAACAACCUCUAAUACCACUAAGACUAAUGUAUCUACUGAGUCAUCUAAAGCAUGCACGUGUUCAACGCCUAUCAUUACCAGUACAACGGCAACGACAGCUAGUACUACAACAAUAAUAGCCACCUCACCUAGUAUCCCUAUAGCUAGUACAUCAGCAAACAUUACAACUUCUAGUACCAAUACUACUGUGUCUACGGAGUCAUUUAAAGCAUGCAUGUGUUCAACGAAUGCUAUUACAUCUUCAACAACACCUAGUACCACUACACCUACCAUAUCGACAACCACUAAAACUCCUAGUACAUCAAGGACGAAUUUAUCUACUGAGGCAUAUAAUAUAACCGAUGGUAGAGCAUGCACGUGUUCGAUAACAAUGGAAACGACGCCAUCUACAACCACUACAAUUACAACACCUACUACUAAUGUGUCUACUGAGUCAUCUAAAGCAUGCACGUGUUCAACGCCUAUAAUUACCACUACAACGGUAACGACAGCUAGUACAUCAGCAAAUAUUACAACUUCUAAUUCACACAUUCAGUCAUCAACACCAUGGAAAGGAUGUGGACAUCCUGGAUGUGAUAUAGUGGCCACCUGGGCAACAACUGUUAUAGGAGAAACGAGAGACUAUUAUCAGAUUCUUAGAAGCAAAUAUGGUCACAUUCCUUUCAGAAGACGGAAAUCUAUUAAAGCAUUAAGAUACACCACUAGAUAUCCUCCAGGAUUUCCCUUUUCAAGGCCUCGUCGUCGUUAUCGCUUUCGUCCUUUGGGUCCUUAUAAGCAAUUUUAUGGACGUCAUGUCGAAGGCUAGCUUUAUCUAUCUACCUAACAAAGAGAUUAUAUGUAUAUUAUGACGGAGAUAUUGUGGCGUGGGAGCGAGCGGUUAUGUCAAGGUGGGUACAUUAACUAAGCCCUGAUUUUUAUCGGAUAAAACUUACAUUAAGAGUCCAAUUACAACACAAAAAUGUUGAGAUUUUAAUGCUGGUUGUUAUCAUUCAUGCUUGGACAUUUUAUUUAUAUGCGUCUAAAUUCUACUGCAUAUUGACACUUCUUAUACUUUACUUAAUUAUAGUCACUAUUUAAUAUAACGUGUAUUUUUAAUAUAACCUCAAACUUAAACUAGACGUAGGUUAUAGUGCUAUAAAAUAAUUCUGAAAGAUUUUUUUAGUUAGUCUUCACUACCAGAGCAUAAUCAAUUUUAGCAUUUUUUUGAGCGGCAGUGUAUUUCGUACAUCAUGAUCAGUUGUGACGUCGCGUCAUUAAUGAGACGUUUUGAGUUAAUACAAAGUAGUGAUACAUUGCUUGCUGAAUUGUUUUGUAUGAAAAAAUAAAAGUCGUCCAUUUUUUAUAAAACCUUUGAAAGUGUGUUAAUUACAGCCUAAACUAACUGCCCUUUGAUUAUGUGGUCGUAUCAAAAAUACGCGCUGUAUAAAUAGAUAUAACAAGUAAGCUACUAUAAAUAUUCUAUUUUAUUAUUUUUACGAAAAUAUGGCAAUCUCUAAAAUAUGACGGAGUAGAUAAGAAAGUUUACAUGGCUUCGAUGGCAAAUAUGAUACAAUCAUUAGAGGCAAUUCGUAAAAUAAGCGAGGUACAGUCAGUUGCAGAGAAAAGGUACCCCUGUACAGAAGUUUGUAUGCAAAGGUGCUACAUUACAUACUGCUGCUGCAUUUGCUCUGUGACGAUAAUUGCCACUAGAAAAUGAAGAGUGUCAUUGGUACAGUUUAAUAUACAAUAUAAUAUGAUAACUUAUAUUUUUAUAGGUAGAUAUGAAAAGGAUUUUCAAUUAAUAAGCAUAUAUUUUAAUAAUAAAAUAUGUGAGAAUUAAA